AUGCCAGUGGUUACUAUUACUGAUAAUGAUGAAAGGGCAUACAGUUCAGAUUCAGAGGAUGACACAGAGUACAUGCCACAUAGUGAAGAUAGUGGAGAAGAUUCAGAAGUGGUUGAGCUCAGAAAACAUGCAAGGAAAUUCAAUAAGAGGAUGAGGGAUUCAAAGAGUUGGAUCAACUCAAAUGCUCCAGUUCCAGUAGAUCUGAUUGCUAAUAUGGAAGAACAAAUUGGAGAUGAGGAGAAGGACUGGCACUUUGAAUCAUCUGAUGAAGAUUACAGUUAUGAUGAGGAAUCAGAUGGACAUAUAGUUAGGAAGAAAAGCAAAUAUGCAAGGUUUAACACUGAAUCUGAAAAUACCUCACUUCACAUUAGAGAUGGUUUUCAAAAGCAAGAAUCAGGUGUGCAAAGCUUUGAGGAGGCAGGCACCUGCGUGCCCUGCCGACAGAGGCCGACGCCGGCCACCUCCUCCUCGACGCCGCCUGGACGAGGAGACGUCCUGCGCCCUCCCUCCCUCGACGUCCCCCUCGUCCCUAUCUUCUCCUCUCUCUGGCCCUCUACCUCUCUUCCUCUCCGGCCUCGGGCCGAAACCCUAGCCCCGCAGACCUCGCCGGCGCCGCCUCUACACGCCACCCCGCGCUCGGCCGAGCAGCCCUGGAGCUCCGCCGCGACGCCCCAGUCCUCCUCCGACCACCAGCGCACACCGAGGCGGCUCGAAUCGGGCGAAUCGAGCUCCGCCCGUGCCGCAGACCUUCGCCUCCCGCCGGCGUUCCCGGCCACCUCCGGCCUCGCCGUCGAGCUCCACACGCUCGUGGUGAGCUUCUCAGCCGAAUGGCGCCCCUCCCCUUCCCGAUUGCUUCCUCCACCGGCCCCGCACCGUGCACCUGCGCCCGCCCCGUCGGACAUGGUCGCCGACCAUGCUCCGGCGACCCAAAACGGGCGGCGCCACCACCAAAAGGUCGCCCGCGUCGCGCUGCAUCUAUUCCCCUCUCGCGCGCCCUCAAUCGGGGGCCAAAUCGUCCGAUUUGAGCUCAACCCGAGCUCGCAGGGAGCUCAUGGCGUGGCUGACGUCAUCAUGACGUCAUGCCCACGUCACAAUUCCUUUUUCUAA